AUAAAUUAAUGUGGGUCGUAAAAAAUUAUCAGCAGAGCGUGUAUUCUUAAAUUCCAGUUUGAAAAAAAGAUUUCAAUAUUGGUUCCUUGGUGUUGUUAAUCAGGUUUGUUCAAAAAGAGUGGGAGAUUGAAAAAGAAGCAUCUACCCCUCUUUUCUCAUGAUUUCAUAAUAAUCGAUGUUGAGAACAGAGAGUUUCAUAAUGGAUACAACGAUCAUUCUUCGUAUACGUCUUCGAACGGAUCGUUGUUCAGUUUUACUUCUCAUUCGCAUCGGUUUAUUUCUUUUUUAUUUGUCUUUUUUUCUUUUUCUUCUUCUUCCCUUUCAUAUAUCUCGGAUAUAUUGCAAAAUAUUUUUAAUUUAUUGUUUAUUUUACGAUCAAUAUUAAUUAACUAUGAUUUAUUCUCGAUGAGGAGAAUUUUUUGUCGUCAAUUUUAUCGCGUAUCGGAAAUACGUAUUAACGAAAAAUCAAAUAAUUCAAUUAUUAUCGAACAACAAGGAUAUACAAGGAUUUGUAUAAAAUAAUAUUUGUAUAUUUGCAAGUAAAAGAAAUUAUUUUUCUUUUAUCACUGAAAAUUAUUCGAAAAUGAAUAACAGGACGAUAAAUAGUCGUCCUUUGCAACAUUUCAUAUUUUUUAUUUCAUUCAUAAUUUGUUUAUCAAAUGCUGUUACACAUGUUGAUGUUAUUUCUACGAGUGCUUAUACUGUUCUAAAAGAGGACGAAAUACUUCGUAUAUUUUCAACAAACAAGACAGAUUCUUUCAAUAAUUUUACAAUUAUCGAUUUAAUCGGUAAUUUUGAAAACAACACAGUGGAAAAAGACAAAAUUGUUUGGAAAUUAAAAGACACCGAUAUUAUUUCUACCAAUCGUUAUUACGAUACUUUUAAAGAAAAAAUAGAUUUGGAAGCAAAUAGAUUGUUUAAAUUGGUACCUGCGUACGAUCCUGGUGCAGGUAGCGUCAGUGUUCAAUGUAAAAGGGAUGCUGAAAUUUUUCAACGAGAACUCACCAAAUUUACAUUAUGGGCUUUGACGAUGUACGAUGCAACGGCCAAGAUACCUUCUGGUCUUUUAAAUGGUAACGUAAAUCAAUUGGGUGAUUUCGAUGAGUGUGUAAAUACUGUUGGAACUAAUGGUAUUCGGGGACAAUAUUGUUUGGCUUAUUUGCAAUUAAACGUUGAUGAAUCACGAACCGAUUUGAAACACUUACAUCGUCUUCUUCAUUCGCAUUAUCUUAUUAAAAGCAACGUAACAGACCCAGGACAUAGAGUACCACGUUUCAGUACGGUGAAUUGGGCUGUUUGUACUCCAGCAUCUUGUUCAUCUCGUGACGUUGAAAUAUCUCUUCAUGACACUUUAUCCAAAUACACGUCUCAAAGUGGAUUACAAAUUUCAGUUCGCGUUGAGCGUGAAAUGUGUCAGGUGAAAAAUAAUAGACCACUUCCGAGGGAAACCAUUUUCGUUGGUAUUUUGUUCGUUACUGUAUUAACAUUAACUAUCGUUGCUGCUUAUUACGAUCAUUAUAAAAUAUCUACAAACGAAAUUCUAUUAUCAUUUUCAAUUAAACGUAAUUUUAAUAAACUCAUCUCGUUGGAAAGAACUGAUGGGGAUAUAGCAAGUUUACAUGGUGUACGAGCUUUCAAUGCUUAUAUGUUAUUAUUUUCACACAAAAGUAUGGCAUUGUUUUUUAAUCCAUAUCCCAACAGAACUGAAAUGAGUGAGUAUUUAGGUGAACCAUGGACAGUUAUAGGAAGAGCAGCAAGUCUUUACACCGAUCCAUUUAUUAUGCUUUCUGGUCUUCUUACAAGUUAUUCCUUCAUUGGAAGAAUUAAAAAAACUGGCUAUUUGGAUAUUAAAAACGAAUAUUUAGGUCGACUUUUAAGACUGGUACCAACUUUAGGUGCAUUGAUAUUAUUUUGCACUUACAUCAUGCCAUAUUUGGGUUCUGGACCUCAAUGGAAUUUGGUGGUAACACAUCACGCCAAUAUUUGCAAAAAAAAUUGGUGGAGAAACUUUUUAUUCAUUCAUAAUUAUUUUGGAUUUGAAAAUAUGUGUUUAACGCACACGCAUCACGUAGGAAUAGACACACAAUUGUUUGCACUAUCUCCUUUCUUGGUAUUGUUAUUAUACAAGAAACCAAAAAUUGGUAGUAUGGUUCUACUUGCUAUAGCUACAUUCUCAACAAUUUUAAGAUAUUACGUAACAUAUUCUAACCAUCUUAGCAAUUAUGUCUAUUUCGGGAUAUCAAUAAAACAACUAUUUGAUACGGCAAAUAUGUCGUACAUUUUACCAAGUCAUAGAUUGACAGUAUACAUUAUGGGAAUAUCUGUUGGAUAUUUACUCCGAUUAUUACCUAAACAAUUUAAAAUGAAUAAAACUAUCUCUUACACCGGUUGGAUUUUGUGUACAACAAUGUUUUUUGCUUCGGUUUUUGCUCCAGCAAAAAUGGGAAAUAUAGAUUACAUUUAUAAUCCAAUUCACGCAGCUAUGUAUAAUGCAUUUGCUCCUAUCGGAUGGUGCAUAUUUUUCGCUUGGGUAAUAUUUAUGCAUCAAACAGGAAAUACUGAUGGAUGGUUAAGCAGAACUUUAGCUUGGAAAGGAUUCGUUAUUACCACCAGGCUCAGUUAUGCUAUUUAUUUGACACAAUUUCCAGUUUAUUUUUAUAACGUCGGACGAACUCGUAGCAUUGAGUAUUUUGAUUUCAUAAAACUAGUGUUUAACUUGACGGAAAUUGUCUAUAUCCUAGUUGUAUCCAUAAUUCUAACUUUGCUCUUUGACACGCCCUUUCAAAAUAUUAAAAAUCAUUUAUUGAAAAAGCAAAGAAUACGAGAGCAAAUAUUAGUUAAAUCAUCGAAAUUGGAAUAACACGGGUAUACCAAAUAUAUUUUAUUCCUUUUUACCAAAAUUAGAUUUAAGUAUUGUAAAUAAUCUCGACAAAAUAUAUAUAUACACGUUUAUAUAUACUUGGUCAUAGUAGUAAUUAAUUAUAAAUCACAUUACUUGCAAUUGCAUUGUAUAUAAUGAUAUACAAUGUAUAUGACUGUCAAGAAAAUAUUAGUCAUAUUUGUUA